AUGGAUAGUAAAGAAAUAUUGAACGAUAUUGUUUCCAAUGAGGAAAUCGUUAUUUCUGGUAUCGCUGGCAGAUUUCCUAAUUCGGACAACAUGAAUCAAUUACGAGAAAAUUUAUUCAAUAAAAUUGAUCUUGUAAUAGAUCAUAACCGAUGGGAAAAAGCUUUAGAGCAUAUGAAAUUUUCCGAGAAAUUGUCAUUCCGUAUGGGUACUGUCAAUAACAUACAAAAAUUUGAUGCGGAUUUUUUUGGAUUGUCUUUUGAGCAAGCACACGCACUCAUACCUGAAACAAGAAUGUUACUGGAACAUUCUUAUGAAGCAGUUAUCGAUGCAGGAAUUAAUCCAAAGCAAUUACGAGGAAAAAAUACUGCUGUAAUCGUAGGGAUGUCUACUAUUGAUACACAAAAGAAACUCUUAUGUGAAAAUGAUCAAUUAGGUGGUUUGAAUAUUGUCGGAUGUAGCAAAUCUACAGUAGCAAAUAUGAUUUCAUAUUGCUUGGAUUUAAAAGGACCAUCUCAAGCCGUCGAUACAGCAUGCAGUUCUGGUCUUUACGCCAUAGCCCUUGGUUAUCACUAUAUUAUCUCGGGAAAAUGCGAAGAUGCAAUUAUUGGAACUGCAAAUCUAUGUUUUAAUCCAUUUAUAAGUCUACAAUUAACUUAUCUUGGUGUUUUAUCACCUGAGGGUUGUUGUAGACCUUUCGAUUCCGCUGGAAACGGUUAUUCACGUAGCGAAACCAUAGCAGUAAUAUACCUUCAAAAGGCGAAAAAUGCAAAGAGGAUUUAUGCCAUAUGUCCGCAUAUAAAAUUAAAUAACGAUGGUUACAAAAACGAAGACAUAACAUGUCCGUCGAUGCAUACGUUAAUUACUUUACUCACAGAAUUUUACAAUGAAUGCGGAAUACCAAUAUCUUGUUUGGAUUACCUUGAAGCUCAUGGUACCGGUACCAAAGUUGGCGACUUUCAAGAAAUAAACGCUAUCCAUAAUGUUUUGUGUAAAAAUAGAGAAGUUCCAUUAAUGAUCGGCUCCGUAAAAUCUAAUCUUGGUCAUGCUGAACCUGCGAGUGCUUUUAGUCAAAUCGCUAAGGUAAAACACUAUUGCCGCAAUAGCGGAAACAGCAGCGUUGUGAGUGGACCCAUAGAAUCAGUACAAGAAUUUAUAAAAAAAUUACAGGUCCAAAAUAUUUACGUGAAAGAGAUCUAUUGCAACGUACCGUAUCACAGUUCUUAUCUUGCAUCAAUGGAAACUGAGCUUUUGUUUAAUUUAAAUAGAAUAAUUCCGCGGCCUAAGAAACGAAGUUCAAAGUGGAUCAGCACAUCCGUACCUCGUAACGAAUGGCUCACUUCAGGAAAAUUAUCAUCGGCAGAUUAUCAUACGCGUAGUAUAUUAAAUAUCGUUCUCUUUGAACAAACAUUACAUCUAAUUCCGAAUAAUGGUAUUACUAUUGAACUUGCACCAUGCGGUGUUCUGCAGCACAUAUUAAAAGAAUCUUUGCAUCCAGAAGUGACAAACAUUGUAUUAACUCAACGCACUGAACAAAACAAAGAUGUAAUUUUUCAAGGAAUUGGAAGACUCUACAAUUGUGGCUUACAACCGCAGGUUGCAAAUUUAUAUCCACCAGUGGAAUAUCCAGUUAGCAGAGGCACUGCUAUGAUUUCUCCAUUUAUCAGAUGGAAUCAUUUCGAAGAUUGGUUCAUACCAUGCUACGAAACACAAAAGUCCAUAAAAUCCAGAGAAAGAUACGUUGAAAUUUUACUCGAGGAUCACGACUACGAAUAUAUGAGUGAUUGUAUAAUUGAUGAAAGAAACUUACUACCCACGGCGGGUUAUCUUGCACUCGUUUGGGAAACUAUUGGUAUGAUGAAAGGACAAAAGCAUACAAUAAUACCGAUAGUUUUUCAAGAUGUAAAUUUUAUUCGCGCUAUUCAUUUAUCAAAACAAAAUGCUGUAAAAUUGAAAAUUGCUAUUCAAAAAGAUGGGAAAUUCGAAAUAACCGAAGAAGAUAGAGUUGUUGUGACAGGUACAGUGUACGAAACAUCGAAUCCCGAACUAGAAAUGACUUCGAUAGAUCUAUUAUGGGAGAACAGUGAAAAAGAAUUUAUGACUGUUCGGGAUAUCUACACAGAGUUGAAACUGCGCGGUUACCAAUAUAGCGGCUGGUUUCGUGGAUUAAAGAGUGCAUCUAUAUCGGGCAAAAAAGGACAUAUUAUUUGGAGAAAGAACUGGGUAACGUUCAUAGAUUCAAUGUUACAAAUGAAUAUCUUAGAACAUGAUACUAGAGAUUUGUAUGUUCCUACGAGUAUUCAAAAAUUAGUGAUCAAUCCCAUGCUUCAUGAUCGAAAGCUACAGGACGCAAAUCAUGAUGUAGAAGGUGUAACAACAAUGGAAAAACAAUUACAGGUACAAGUAUACAAAGAGAUAGACGUGAUUAUAGCUGGCGGAGUAGAAAUACAAGGUCUUAAAUUCACUCAAAUUACUCGCCGAAAAUUAGCUCAAAAUGCUGUUAUCGAGGAAUAUACAUUUGUAGCUCAUUGCGAUCGCGCUAAGGUUUCUUUGAACGAAGCAAUUUGGAUGUCGGCGCAACUUGCACUGGAAGAUCAUCAAAUUGUCAAAGUAACAGCAGUCGAGUUAGUGGAAGAUAACGAUGAUGUUUCAUUAGAAUGUCUCUCAUCUACGUUAUUGGUUAAGACAUUCCAGGAUACUCCAUUGAUACAAACGAAUAUCACUUUACUAACAUCGCCGAAUCGUUUUAAUUCAGCAAACUUAUCGCAAAACAUUUCAAUCGAAAAUUUGAAGAAAUCAUUUAAAAAUGAGCUUGAUAAUGCUCUAAUAGUUGCAGGAUUCAACCUUUUGACUAAAGAACAUACUUCGUUAAAGCGAUUGUUAUCAUUUUUAAGAGAAGGUGGUUACUUGUUAACGCGUGAAAAAUGUGAAGUAAUUGACUAUAAGAAAUAUUUACAACAAUAUGAAUUAAAUGUUAUUCUUGAAAAGCGCACUGAUAAAGAAAUGAUUGUACUUCUGAAAAAAAAAGUUUAUGUAAAAGAAAGAAUUAUUGUUUACAUAAAUAAUGAUAACUUUGAUUGGCUGGAGAAUCUAAAGCCGCUUGUGCGCGAUGAGAAUAAGCUCGAUAAGAAUAGCAGAAUUAUUAUUGUAGGAGAGAGAGAUUUUGAAUGCGGUUUAUUAGGUUUUAUUAACUGUAUAAGAAAGGAGCCAGGUGGUGAAUUUGUUAGGGGUGUGCUUGUUCAAGAUGAGGAAGCCUCUAAAUUCUCUCUUAAAGAUCCUUUUUAUGUACAACAAUUAGAUAAAGAUAUGACUAUUAAUGUAUUGCGAGCUAAUAAAACUUGGGGAUCGUACAGAUAUUUAAAAUUAUUAGAACCCGAAGCCAGACUUGUGCCUACCGCUCAUGUUUGUCAAAUGGUUCGAGGUGACUUAAGCACAUUCUGUUGGAUAGAGAAUAAUCGAUCAGUUGUGUCUCGUCGCGAGGAUUUAGUGCACGUUGUCUAUUCAUCCCUGAACUUUAGAGAUGUAAUGUUCGCGACUGGUAAAUUAACACCUCAUGAGGCGAUUUUAAAGGGACGGUUAUUUCAGUAUCUUUCUCUUGGAAUGGAAUAUGCAGGAUGGGAUGCUAACGGGCAACGUGUAAUGGGAAUUUGUGAUACUGAUUGUAUAGCAAACGUCGUUGUGAAAGAUAAAGAUCUGUGUUGGAAAGUACCCGAAACAUGGACAUUCGAAGAGGCGGCGACGAUCCCAUGCGUUUACAGUACGGCUUACAUGGCCUUAUAUAUUUAUGGAAAAAUGAAAAAAGGUAAUAAAAUACUUAUACAUUCUGGAACUGGCGGCGUUGGACAAGCAGCUAUUCAUCUCGCUCUUCACGAAGGAUGCGAGGUGUUCACUACUGUAGGCACGAAUGAUAAACGGAACUUCAUUAAGAAAAUGUUUCCCGUCAUCUCGGAUGGACGUAUUGGAAGUUCUCGAGAUACUAGUUUUGAACAAAUGAUAAUGCAGCAAACGAAAGGUCGCGGAGUCGACAUCGUGUUAAAUUCAUUGGCGGAAGAAAAGUUAAUCGCAUCCAUUCGGUGUUUGGCGCAAAAUGGUCAUUUUUUAGAGAUUGGCAAAUUUGAUCUUGUUUCUAAUAAUCCUUUAAGUAUAUCCGCGUUUCAGAAAGGUAUUAGUUUUCAUGGAGUUAUACUGGAGAAUAUAUUCACUGAUAAUUACAUGUACAAGUCCCUAUUGUCUAAAAUGAUAGCCGAUGGUCUAAAAAAUGGGACAAUCAAAUCACUUCAAGUAAAAGUUUUUCCUAAAACAAAUAUCGAAGAAGCUUUUAGAUACAUGGCUGGUGGAAAGCAUAUAGGGAAGAUAAUAAUAAAUAUCCAUGAAAAGAAUGAACCCUUAGAUAGGCACAUUCUCGCAUAUCGUCGCUAUUAUUGUCACAGAGAUAGAAGUUACGUUAUACUAGGAGGUCUAGGUGGAUUUGGUUUAGAAUUAACCGAUUGGCUUAUAUUUCGUGGUGCCAGAAAUAUCGUUUUGAUAUCAAGAAAUGGAAUAAAAAAUGGUUAUCAACGCAUAAAAAUUCGAUUAUGGAAGUCGUAUGGUAUAAAUGUUCUGAUUAUCAAGAAUAUUGAUGUUGCUGAUUUCAAAGAUUGCGAAUAUCUUUUACGAAUUGCGGAAAAAGAAGCACCGGUGGAUGCAAUAUUCAAUCUCGGUGCUGUGUUGAAGGACAAUAUCCUUAAGAAUCAAACCGCAGAGACAUUUGCAGUGCCUUUCCAAUCGAAAGUUCGAGCAACGCAGAUGUUGGAUAAACUUUCUAGAAAAAUUUGCCUAAAAUUGCGGCAUUUUGUAAUGUUUUCUUCCAUUUCCUGCGGUAGAGGAAUCACUGGACAGACUAAUUAUGGUAUGGCCAAUUCCGUUAUGGAGAGAAUUUGCGAGAAGAGAGUGGAGGAAGAAUUACCUGGAUUGGCGAUUCAGUGGGGAGCUAUUGAUGACGUGGGUAUUCUCGAAAAUAUGCAGGAGAUUAGUAAGAAAAUAAUUAUUGGUGGCACCUCACGACAAAAGAUAUCCUGCUGUCUCGACAAGCUUGAUAUGUUUUUACUUCAAAGCCGGCCGAUUAUGAGCAGCAUGGUUGUAGCUGAAAAAAGAGUGGAACGUCACGGAUUUGGUAGAAACAGUUUGGUAGCAACAGUUGCUAAUAUUUUAGGUAUAAGUAAGAUAAACACUGUAAGUCCAAAUUCAUCUUUAGCUGAACUUGGAAUGGGUUCCUUGAUGAUCGUAGAAAUGAAGCAUACUCUAGAACGAGAAUUUGAUCUAUUUUUGACAUUACAAGAGAUAAGCAAUCUCACUUUCGCGAAACUUACGAAGAUGUUUGUUACAAGCAUCAGUGAGUGAUGAAAUCGACAAACAUCGGUGAAAUGUAUCUAUAUAAUGAAAUAAAAUCGAU